AUUGUUUAUAAACACGUGAGCUAAUGGCGGCAGUAACAGAGAAGUCGUGUGACUUGACAGCUGAAAAAGCUCGUGUUGUGCUGUCGAGCGUGCUGGAGGCACUCAGCCUCCCGGAGAAUGCGGUGAGGCUCGGAGAGGCCAAGGACAACGCGGGGAACGACAUGCUCAAGAUGAUGCAGUUUGUCUUCCCCAUCGUCGUACACAUCCAGAUGGACGUCAUCAAGAACUUCGGGUUUCCUGAAGGUCGAGAAGGGAUGAUGCAGUUCGCGAAGCUGAUCCGGAAGCUGGAGCGCGAGGACGACGAGGUGGCACACCUGCACGCCCAGGUGCGGGCACACUUCCUGCCGCCGGUGACCAUCGCCACCGAGACCACGACGUGAGCCCCCGGGUGGACCCCGUGGAGCCGUGUCUCCCCGUGGGCGCAGAGAAACUAACUGUGAACCGUCUACACUAGUGAGCAGCGGAACCCCUUCUGUUACUACACAUUCCGAGGGCCCAUUCAGUAUAGAUUAAAAAUGCUUUCUCUCUUCGAUUCUAGGGUUAAUCUUUGAUCCGUCAAAAAAUAUUGUGUUUUUAAUGGCAUUAAUCGCAAUAGCUAUUUAAAUUGUAACUAAAAAAAAAAAAAUAUUUCUACAGACGAUGGAAUUAUAAGGUACAGUCGUUUACUCCAAAAAGUGUUCUCAUGUAUGCAUAGUGCCCUAGUCUGCUGCAAGUUGUGGCUGAACACUGAAUUCUCAGACAGCGAUCAAUCAACUUCCUGAUAUUUACAGAAUUUUUUACGUAAAAAGUUUGACAUUUGUGCUUGUGACACUAGAUUGCAGCUAUCUUGAUUGCAGAAUACAUAAAUAAAUGUUGGUGAUGCAGAUUGGUGUAUGAUUAAUUGCAUUGACACGGAUAGAGAUAUUAGUAAAAAUCAAACUGUGAGGAAAUUCUUACUUUGGAUGAAGAAAAUUAAUUGAUACAAUUUGUACUUACAGGAAAAACACACAGAGAAUGCAAAUACAUUGUUUUGUGGAAAGUACCAGUGUCAAUUUUUAUAAUAAAUCAUUUACCUAACA